CGAAGUGGUGAGUGUGGCCUGUGAAAAGCGGACCUCUGUGUUUUCGGCGUGUGGCCGUCGCCUUCUCCCUCCCAUCGUUCUCCAUUCCCCCAUCCCCACGUUGCACUGUACAGGGUUUUACAUGAUGGCUCUCACAACGGCUGCAACCCUCUCCGUCUGGAACGUGCGGAAGCAGUCCGUGGUGGUGAAAGACGAGUCCCUACAAACCAUUUUAGCAGGAAGUGAAACCACCGUCUCUCAAAUCUUGCUGACUCAGCAUGGCAUCCCCGUGAUGAAUAUGUCGGACGGAAGAGCAUAUUGCUUUAACCCUUCUCUGUCUUCUUGGAACCUUGUCUCCGACAAGCAGGAAACAUUGGCACAGUGUGCAGACUUCAGGAGCAGUCUACCAUCCCAGGAGUCCAUGCUGUGUUCGGGACCUUUAGCCAUCAUUCAAGGACGAAUGUCAAACUCUGGGCGACAGGCAGCCAAAUUGUUCUCCAUGCCUCAUUUGGUGCAGCAAGAAACCACCACGGCGUACCUGGAGAAUCAGGUGGCCUCUGCUUUGGCUUUACAGUCAAGUCAUGAAUAUCGUCACUGGCUGCUAAUCUAUGCACGGUACCUGGUUAAGGAAGGUAAGGAAUGAUGGUGCUUGUUCGACGGUGUUAAAAGUCUCG